UGCACGUCGCCGCAUUGUCCACGUCGCACGGAACCUUGCUAACACAACAUGGUCCGCGCAGCAGCGUUCCCGAAUGCCUCAAAUACUGACCCGCAGCGGUCUACCGCUCCAACGCCCUACAAGCCCUCGCCGCCCCAACUCGCCUCUCACGCACUCUCCAUCUACUGUCAAGCCGUCAACACCUACAACAUGCCCUCUGAAGCUGACCGCGACCACACCAUCGCAUACUCCUCUCCGAAACUGCGCCCACAACUACCGCCGCUGAGCACCCCAACUCCCCCACUCGCUCCCCUCAAGACACGUCUCUACAUCUACACAACAUACCGUACGAACCAACAAUACAGCACCAUGACCUCCAGCUUUGACGGUUGUGCUAGACCGCAACAACAAUGGCAGCGUCAACUCAGUGGACGUAAUGGACAUGCUCUCCCACCUCGCCUUCCACCCACACCAUCCAUGCCAGCAUCGUACUUUCCCAACGGCGCCCAGUCUAUAAAACUCGCUACAUAUAUUUCCACCCUUUCGGAUCUCCUCUCCGGACUAUCAUAUCCUAGCGAGUUGUUGGCAGCAUUUGAAGCCUUUGACAAUGGUGAUGACGGGCAAAUUGGUCUCGGAGAAUUGAAAAAUGCGUAUUGCAUCCGGCACCUGAGCCUGGGGAGAGAAAGUUGA